AUGCUUUUGCCCGCGGACGAUUUUCAGGAACAGUCGCUGGCGGUAGUUCAAGCAUUUGUCCAUGUAGCUGUCGUGAACCGCUAUCACAAGAAGGUUCUUGACGGCAUAAUUGAAUACCCCGAUGUUCCAAAGUCCCUGUCCUCUGGUCCUGAGAUCGUGGAUUGUAUUGUCCAGCUGGUGGACGAGUUUGAGAAGAGAUGUCAAGGUGCGGGCUUUCAGACUCAAGUCAAGACCAUGGGUCUAACCGAAAAGGGAGCGAUGGACAGCAAACAAUUACUCUUAUCUUAUGCUGAAGUCCUCGAUAGUCUCUUUUGCACUAUCAAUUGGGGUCGCGUCAUCGCCAUGUUUGCUUUCUUGAGGAUGAUGGUCUAUCAUCUGCUUGACCACAACGCACCUGAUACGAUCAGUGAACUCAUACGUUGUACCACGUCUGUCAUUGAACAUCGCCUCAGGUUCUUCAUCAUAAGCAAGGAUGGAUGGUCGGGAAUUCUCUCCUUCAAGUCGUCCGGUGGUGACGUACUUGACAUAAAACAGACCUUAUUACGUGGACUCGGGGGCAUUGCGAGUGUAGCCGGAGUGGCUGCUGUCGUAGGCUUCAUCGCCAGUCGACUGUAA